AUGGCAGCUCUCGACGACAAAGUUCACGCAAUCCUUAACAUACACACAAAAUGUGAAAUUCUACGGCAGCUCCGGGAUAUCAACAUAAAUCCGUCAAGUUUUUAUAGCGGAGACCUCAACUACGAUGUUUAUUUCUCGUUCUAUACAGAUCAGUGUCAAAAGGCACUGUACGAUGGAGGGAGACACGCCAGUGUGAGAAGCCAUCGAGAUAUUUUGGAAAUUGCUCGUCACGUCAAGAACAAUGUGGAUCGAAUUUCCAUCAGAGAUAUGAUCAGCUUGAAACUUUCGGUUCCCAAGCCUCAGAAUGAAGACGAACUAUCGUACGGAUCCAUCGACUUAGUUGCCAGGCUUCUGACCAUGGUCGCAGUCGGCCGUCUUCAGUACAGCUUCACAGGCCGCGGACAUGUUGCAUGGACUGCAAGUGCAUUGAAAAAUAGCAUAUACAGUCAUUUCAAUGCUCCGAUAGCCUUACAUGGAGAAACAGUAAAAUUGGAGAAGGUUUUCAACGCUAGAAAUCUCAAAAGGAUUGGUGGUAUCGAGAUCGAGUGGACGAAAAAUCUGGCGGAUCACUUGAGCUUUGAUGAUUUUGACCAGAAAGUUUCAAUUUUCUACCACGCCUCCUUCCUGGAAUGUCACAGGCAAAGCCCCUUGUAUCCGCCGGGACUUAUCGACGAAACGAUCCAAACUCUCAAACUCCUCUUUCCGGGAACUGACACAGGAACUCGUAAAUGGUUCCGCAAACUCUCAUCUCGAAACAACCUAGACAAGAAACUCCUCAGAUGUGGACGCCUCCGAGCAGAAGAUCGUCGAAUCGAAAACUUCCACUUCUGGCAUGACCGACUCAUCAUUCUAAAACAGAUAUUUGACGAAGCUGAACCAAGUACUAUCCAGCAAUGGUGGUGCGAUAGACGCAAACGAGUGCAGUGGUACACGUUCUGGGUCGCUGCUUUGGUUCUCGCUCUUACGAUUCUUUUUGGUGUCAUCCAAUGUGUGGAAGGUGCUUUGCAAGUGUAUAAGGCUUUCAAUCCUUAG